AGUUGGCCCUCCAAAUUUAAUAAUGCAAUGCUUCUUUUCUUAUAUAUAGUUAUUUAUAUCUAUGUAUGAUCUCUAUUAUAAACAACCACACUACAAUCUCUUCUUGAACCUAAAGACAACAAGAAGAAAGAAUAAUUUCAUAUAAAUUAAAUUCUCUUGUUUUCACCUUUUAAAUUUAAUGGAUGCAAGGAAGAUUAAGUUUGACGUUAUAUUACUCUCAUUCUUACUUAUCUCCGGAAUUCCUUCCAAUCUUGGGAUGAGUAAGAGUAUGAGAGGCAAUACUAGAUCGGAGUCGGAAGCAUUUCAAGGCGGAAACUUCCCGGGAAUGAAGAUCAGGAAGUUGAUGGCAACAAAUAUGGAAGUUGAUUAUUCAAGUGACUAUUAUGAUGGAGGAUCAUCAUCAUCAUCAUCAACAUCACCAUCACCACCAGUGCCUGAUUAUGAUGAUAUUUAUAGAAGACAAGGUGAUGUCCCAAGCCCUGGUAUUGGCCACUGAUCAUACAUGUCAUGCGUGUAUAUACACAUCCACAUACACAUUUUGUGUUAAAUAUUUAUACAUACAUGUUGUUUAUAUAUGUUUUUGUCCUUGGAGGCUGUCUUCUCCAUAUGAUAAUUUUUAUGUUGCUUUUUCCUUCAUUUUUGAUAUUUUGAUUUUAUUUCAUUCUAUCUUUUAUUUUUUCCAAAAAAACAAGUGUGCCCUUUCCUAUUGAAUUGUCUCAUUUCCUCGUGUUGAUGGGAGCUUCAUGUAUGUAAUACAAGUCGUUAUAUAAAAUAAAACUGCAUCUGUCCGUUGUAAGAAAA